UGACGCCAUGACAGGUCACGUGAUGUAAAUUUUUGUCGGGCAUGCGCGACAUCACGAAUUUUACAAGUGAUUUUGAAACGAUGGACCUUUUCGCGGAGAAAAUUGUUAUAAAAUACUCUAUUACGAACCAAAAUUUCGAUUACAGUGCAUAAAUUCUCGUGUGUCUCAAGUGUUUGUGUUUCAAAUUGAUUUGUGCAAGGAAGUGUUACUUCGCAAAGGUCAGUUUCUCUAAAAGGUAACAAAACCAUGUGAGAAGUGCCUUAGCACUACCCGUGUGAAGUGCUCAGUUAGUGUUAAACUAUUAGUGCUAGCGAAGUGCAGUGCGAGCAGCAAAGUGUAGUGCGAGUGAGAUGAGAGCUGAAGAGGCUUGGACAGUUUGUGUUACGAGAGAGGUCGCCGAGGAUUGAUUAGGAAUACAAGAUGGCCCACUUCCCUCAACCAACAUCGCUAGAGGCGGCACUGCCCCUCAUGGUGAAGCCUGACCUCCGUCUGCGUCAGCAGCUGGGCGAACAACUGCCGGCGCUGGUUCGAAGGGAACCAGAGAUUGAACACGACAUCGCUGCUCAACUACUGGACGCGCUCGUGCAUUGGCUAAAUGGGGGCAACUUUAAGGUGGCCCAGAACGGGCUGGAGACGAUCGCGGCGCUCGCCGAGCGGCUCGGCUCGGACUUCUCCUGCUACGUGCCCUCGGUACUGCCGCAUAUCAUCGACAGGCUGGCAGACACAAAGGAAGGGGUCCGCCACAUGGCGCGAGUCUGUAUAGCGGCGCUAGGGGAGAGUCGCGCCGCCCCGCCCCGCGCGCUCCUAGCGCGCCUCAUCCCCGCGACGCAACACAAGGCGCCGCACACCAGGGAGGAGGCUGUUAGGACCAUACAGACACUACUAGACACGGGAGAGUCGCGCCGCCCCGCCCCGCGCUCUCCUAGCGCGCCUCAUCCCCGCGACGCAACACAAGGCGCCACACACGAGGGAAGAGGCUUCUGUAUAGCGGCGCUAGGGGAGAGUCGCGCCGCCCCGCCCCGCGCGCUCCUAGCGCGCCUCAUCCCCGCGACGCAACACAAGGCGCCGCACACGAGGGAAGAGGCUGUUAGGACCAUACAGACACUACUAGACACGCACGGAGCGCAAGAACUGCAGCUCCGAGCGGCCGUACCGAACCUCGCCGGGCUUUUGGGUGACCCCAGCAGUCCAGUGAGGGAUGCCGCCAUGCAACUACUAGUGGACAUGUACAGACAUGUUGGUGAAAGACUGAGAGCCGACCUGAAGAAGAAGGAACUGGUGCCAGCGCAGAAGCUGGCUCUGCUGGAACAGAAGUUCGACGAGGUCCGGGAGGCGGGCCUAUUACUGCCCACUGCGAACGCGGGCGUGGACGAGGCGGACUACGUGUCGCGCACCACGGCGCGCCGCCACUACGCCUCCGCGCGCGCCCGCGACGACCACUCCGGCGCCUCCACGCCGGCGUGUGAAGUACCAAAGAGGACAGUCGCUGGAUUGUAUAGUCUGCCGUCGGCGAGUAGGAAGCCGCCGCCGCCAACCAAACUCAAUAGUGCAACUAGCGUGUCAUCGGGCACUAGUGGGCUGGGGUCGGGCGGCGAGGCCGGCGCGGUGUCGCUGGAGGCCUUCGAGGCCGCCAUGGCCGCCACCGCGCCCGCCGCCAUCUACGGCGCCCGCGGCCUCGACGACCUCUGCCGCCACGCCGCCGCGCUGCUCGGCGACAAGGCCGCCGAGUGGGAGAGGAGAGUCGACGCUCUAAAGAAAAUCCGGUCCCUGCUGACAGCGAACGCGCACGCGCAGUACCCGACGGAGUUCGCGGCGCACCUGAAGGAGCUCUCCGUGCCUUUCCUAGUCGUCAUCAAGGACCUCCGGAGUCAGGUGGUCCGGGAAGCGUGUAUCACCAUCGCGCACAUGGCCAAAGUGCUCAAAAACAAGCUCGAACAGUUCAGUCUGUACAUACUUCAGGAGCUCAUCAACCUCAUACAGAAUGCCGCCAAGGUGGUAUCAUCAGCGGGCACGGUAUGUGUGCGAUACAUCGUCACAUACGUGCACUGCCCGCGUCUGGUGCCUGUCAUCGCCACCAACCUGACUACCAACAAGUCCAAAGAGAUCCGCUCUACUUUAAGUGAAAUUUUAGUGCUAAUGCUGGAAAAAUGGUCUCAACCAGCCAUCGAGAAACAACUGCCAGUAGUAAGGGACGCAAUCCGCCGCGCCUGUAUAGACGCGGACAGCACCGCCAGGACUUAUGGACGCAGAGCGUACUGGGCGUACAAGCGAGCGUUCCCCGCCGACGCCGAGCAGCUGUUCGCCCGUCUGGACGCAGCCGCGCAGAAACAACUGGAGCGAGAGAGGAACGUCGGCAGCGUCGACAGUCUGCAGCACGUCGGCACCGGUCAGUACCCUAUUAUCGACAUGACACCAAUGGUUGACACCAUCAAGUACAAGCGAGCGUUCCCCGCCGACGCCGAGCAGCUGUUCGCCCGUCUGGACGCGGCGGCGCAGAAACAACUGGAGCGAGAGAGGAACGUCGGCAGCGUCGACAGUCUGCAGCACGUCGGCACCGAGAGACGAACGAUCACCAGCCCACGCAGUCCGUCUGUCAGCGUAUCAGACCGGUCCCCGAGCGGCGCGGCGGCGCGCUCCGUGUCGGCGGUGGACGCGGCGGCCGCGCAGCGCGCGCGCGCCCGGGCGCUCUACUCGCACAUGACGCGCGCCAAGAUGGCCGCCGGCACCGCCAGCCUGCGUGAGUAUUGUUGUACAGACCGGUCUCCGAGCGGCGCAGCAGCCCGUUCAGUGUCGGCGGUGGACGCGGCGGCCGCGCAGCGCGCGCGCGCCCGGGCGCUCUACUCGCACAUGACGCGCGCCAAGAUGGCCGCCGGCACCGCCAGCCUGCCCCGCGCGAAGAGAUCCCCGCAGAAUAACAGCGGAGUCCCGCCGAGCCCUGAGAGAGCGGUCGGCCGCUCGAGGUCGCGCCCCGGCGUCUCGCAGUCACAACCGACAUCUCGGUCAUCGUCGCCAUCGUCUCGGGCUUCGGGCCCGCUCUCGCUGGCGAGCGCGCGGCGCCGGCCCUCCGGCAUCCCGCGCUCGCUGGCCGGCUCCAGGGAGACUAGCCCUACCAGAACGGCUCGCUCCAACAGCGUGGUGGGGUCGGCCAUGCGCAGGCGCGAGUCCGUGGAGCGCACCACCCGCGCUCCGUCCGCCACCCUGCGGCUCCUGCAGCAGACCAGGGACGCGGAGGGAGUACUGAGGCGUGGUGGGGCCGGCCAUGCGCAGGCGCGAGUCCGUGGAGCGCACCACCCGCGCUCCGUCGGCCACCCUGCGGCUCCUGCAGCAGACCAGGGACGCGGAGGGAGUACUGAGGGUGAGUAUAAUGAUGUGACGUCACAGAACGGCUCGCUCCAACAGCGUGGUGGCGUCGGCCGUGCGCAGGCGCGAGUCCGUGGAGCGCACCACCCGCGCUCCGUCCGCCACCCUGCGGCUCCUGCAGCAGACCAGGGACGCGGAGGGAGUACUGAGGGUGAGUAUAAUGAUGUGACGUCACAGAACGGCUCGCUCCAACAGCGUGGUGGGGUCGGCCAUGCGCAGGCGCGAGUCCGUGGAGCGCACCACCCGCGCUCCGUCCGCCACCCUGCGGCUCCUGCAGCAGACCAGGGACGCGGAGGGAGUACUGAGGGUGAGUAUAAUGAUGUGACGUCACAGAACGGCUCGCUCCAACAGCGUGGUGGGGCCGGCCAUGCGCAGGCGCGAGUCCGUGGAGCGCACCACCCGCGCUCCGUCGGCCACCCUGCGGCUCCUGCAGCAGACCAGGGACGCGGAGGGAGUACUGAGGGUGAGUAUAAUGAUGUGACGUCACAGAACGGCUCGCUCCAACAGCGUGGUGGCGUCGGCCGUGCGCAGGCGCGAGUCCGUGGAGCGCACCACCCGCGCUCCGUCCGCCACCCUGCGGCUCCUGCAGCAGACCAGGGACGCGGAGGGAGUACUGAGGGUGAGUAUAAUGAUGUGACGUCACAGAACGGCUCGCUCCAACAGCGUGGUGGGGUCGGCCAUGCGCAGGCGCGAGUCCGUGGAGCGCACCACCCGCGCUCCGUCCGCCACCCUGCGGCUCCUGCAGCAGACCAGGGACGCGGAGGGAGUACUGAGGGUGAGUAUAAUGAUGUGACGUCACAGAACGGCUCGCUCCAACAGCGUGGUGGGGCCGGCCAUGCGCAGGCGCGAGUCCGUGGAGCGCACCACCCGCGCUCCGUCCGCCACGCUGCGGCUCCUGCAGCAGACCAGGGACGCGGAGGGAGUACUGAGGGUGAGUAUAAUGAUGUGACGUCACAGGACGGCUCGCUCCAACAGCGUGGUGGGGUCGGCCGUGCGCAGGCAACGGCUCGCUCCAACAGCGUGGUGGGGUCGGCCAUGCGCAGGCGCGAGUCCGUGGAGCGCACCACCCGCGCUCCGUCCGCCACGCUGCGGCUCCUGCAGCAGACCAGGGACGCGGAGGGAGUACUGAGGAGUCCAGAGGACAGUUCAGCGUACGACAGCGGUCGGCGUGACGACGACUCUGAAGCUUCCAGCGUCUGCUCGGAGCGGAGCUUGGAUUCAUACAGGAGGCAUGAUAGCGUCUCGUGGUCGGGCUCGGCGUCGCGCCUCGGCUGGGAGGGCUCGCCGCCGCCGCCGCCGCCGCCGGACGACAUCAUCGCGCUCUGCGCGAGCACGCACUGGACCGAACGCAAGGAUGGCCUGACACACUUGGCCAACUACCUAAACUCCGGUCGCCUCCUCACCGACUCGCAGCUCCGUCGCCUGACGGAACUCCUCAACAAGAUGUUCGUGGACGCCCACACCAAGGUGUUCAGCCUACUCCUGGACGCCGUCUGUGAACUGCUCCUGGUCCACUGGCAGCAGCUGAAGGACUGGCUGUACCAGCUGCUCUUCAGGUUACUAAUGAAGCUAGGCACGGACAUUCUAGGCUCCGUGCAAAGCAAGAUCAUGAAGACACUGGACGUCAUACACGAGUGCUUCCCGCCCGAGCUGCAGCUGCAUAACAUAUUCAGGUUUCUGGCGGACGGCGCUACGGCCCCGACGGCCAAGACGAAGGCGGCGGCGCUGCGGUUCCUGGCGUCUCUAGCACACGACUACUGCACGCCCAACGCUUGCGCACAGGCUUUGCAAGAUGGCGCCGGUGGCGUGGCGGGGCGCGCGCUGGGCCGGGUGGCGGCGCACGCGCAGGACCCGCGCGCCGCCGACGUGCGCCUCACCGCGCGCCGCGCUCUAGCCGCUCUCUACGACUGUAACCCUGUGCCGUUCACGGCACUGAUGAGCGAGCUGUCACCCGACACACAAGCUCUAGUCAACGGAGUAUUGCAACAACACGUCAGGAGAACCUCUAGCACCGGCAGCGACUCUCCGUUGAGGACUUCCUCGGCGACCCCGAACUCGGGCACAGACGACGUGCAUUCACGUAUUAGGCGGACCACCACCGAGAUACAUACAUACACCGCGCAGCACGCUAACGCGGAGUGCGGUAACCACAUGUCGAGCAAAGACUCCGGGAUCAGUCAGAUGUCGGAUGUGACACUAUCCAAUAAGGGGGUCAACGGGGUACCCAACGGACAUUAUAAUGCCGAGGUGGCCAGGGCGGCGUCGGCGGACAGCUCGGAGGAGGCGCCCAGCACCAAGGAGUCCUCGCCCGUGCCGCACCACCGCCACGACCACCACCCGCACGGGGACUACAACUCAGCCUUAUGUCGUGACAAGAUGAAACCGUACGAGACUGAUGAGAAUGGGUUCCUAAUAACCAAAUCCGGCCUCCGCGAGCAAGAGGUUCUAGAGGCGCUCUGCCAACUGGACACACAGCACGCGCCGCCCGAGCAGUGGGAGCGGCUCCUGCUCGCCACACACGAGAUACUCAAGUACGGCGACUGCCGCAAGCCCUCCGAAUACUUCAAGAAUAUAGUACGGGUGGCGUUGGCUACGCUGGCGGUCGACGAGAACACCGGGGACAAGGAGAACUCGGAAAACGCAUCGAAUGCCCAACAAUCCUCAGGCUGGGCGACGGCGAACGAGCGCGCGGCGGCCGAGGCGGUGAAGGUGCUGAUCUGGCUGUGCCGGCGCCCCGAGACCAGGCCGCAGUGGCUCGACUACUUCGACCUCAUCCUGCUCAAGCUCAUCAACGCGUACGGCGCGCUCAGCAAGGAGGUGAUGCGCGCCGUCGACCACGGCCUGCCCCACGUGGCCCAGGCCCUGCCCGCUACACAGGUGACACCUCUACUACUCAUCAACGCGUACGGCGCGCUCAGCAAGGAGGUGAUGCGCGCCGUCGACCACGGCCUGCCCCACGUGGCCCAGGCCCUGCCCGCUACACAGCUCAUCAACGCGUACGGCGCGCUCAGCAAGGAGGUGAUGCGCGCCGUCGACCACGGCCUGCCCCACGUGGCCCAGGCCCUGCCCGCUACACAGCUCAUCAACGCGUACGGCGCGCUCAGCAAGGAGGUGAUGCGCGCCGUCGACCACGGCCUGCCCCACGUGGCCCAGGCCCUGCCCGCUACACAGCUCAUCAACGCGUACGGCGCGCUCAGCAAGGAGGUGAUGCGCGCCGUCGACCACGGCCUGCCCCACGUGGCCCAGGCCCUGCCCGCUACACAGCUCAUCAACGCGUACGGCGCGCUCAGCAAGGAGGUGAUGCGCGCCGUCGACCACGGCCUGCCCCACGUGGCCCAGGCCCUGCCCGCUACACAGCUCAUCAACGCGUACGGCGCGCUCAGCAAGGAGGUGAUGCGCGCCGUCGACCACGGCCUGCCCCACGUGGCCCAGGCCCUGCCCGCUACACAGCUCAUCAACGCGUACGGCGCGCUCAGCAAGGAGGUGAUGCGCGCCGUCGACCACGGCCUGCCCCACGUGGCCCAGGCCCUGCCCGCUACACAGCUCAUCGACGCGUACGGCGCGCUCAGCAAGGAGGUGAUGCGCGCCGUCGACCACGGCCUGCCCCACGUGGCCCAGGCCCUGCCCGCUACACAGCUCAUCGACGCGUACGGCGCGCUCAGCAAGGAGGUGAUGCGCGCCGUCGACCACGGCCUGCCCCACGUGGCCCAGGCCCUGCCCGCUACACAGCUCAUCGACGCGUACGGCGCGCUCAGCAAGGAGGUGAUGCGCGCCGUCGACCACGGCCUGCCCCACGUGGCCCAGGCCCUGCCCGCUACACAGCUCAUCGACGCGUACGGCGCGCUCAGCAAGGAGGUGAUGCGCGCCGUCGACCACGGCCUGCCCCACGUGGCCCAGGCCCUGCCCGCUACACAGCUCAUCGACGCGUACGGCGCGCUCAGCAAGGAGGUGAUGCGCGCCGUCGACCACGGCCUGCCCCACGUGGCCCAGGCCCUGCCCUCUACACAGCUCAUCGACGCGUACGGCGCGCUCAGCAAGGAGGUGAUGCGCGCCGUCGACCACGGCCUGCCCCACGUGGCCCAGGCCCUGCCCGCUACACAGCUCAUCAACGCGUACGGCGCGCUCAGCAAGGAGGUGAUGCGCGCCGUCGACCACGGCCUGCCCCACGUGGCCCAGGCCCUGCCCGCUACACAGCUCAUCAACGCGUACGGCGCGCUCAGCAAGGAGGUGAUGCGCGCCGUCGACCACGGCCUGCCCCACGUGGCCCAGGCCCUGCCCGCUACACAGCUCAUCAACGCGUACGGCGCGCUCAGCAAGGAGGUGAUGCGCGCCGUCGACCACGGCCUGCCCCACGUGGCCCAGGCCCUGCCCGCUACACAGCUCAUCAACGCGUACGGCGCGCUCAGCAAGGAGGUGAUGCGCGCCGUCGACCACGGCCUGCCCCACGUGGCCCAGGCCCUGCCCGCUACACAGCUCAUCAACGCGUACGGCGCGCUCAGCAAGGAGGUGAUGCGCGCCGUCGACCACGGCCUGCCCCACGUGGCCCAGGCCCUGCCCGCUACACAGCUCAUCAACGCGUACGGCGCGCUCAGCAAGGAGGUGAUGCGCGCCGUCGACCACGGCCUGCCCCACGUGGCCCAGGCCCUGCCCGCUACACAGCUCAUCGACGCGUACGGCGCGCUCAGCAAGGAGGUGAUGCGCGCCGUCGACCACGGCCUGCCCCACGUGGCCCAGGCCCUGCCCGCUACACAGCUCAUCAACGCGUACGGCGCGCUCAGCAAGGAGGUGAUGCGCGCCGUCGACCACGGCCUGCCCCACGUGGCCCAGGCCCUGCCCGCUACACAGCUCAUCAACGCGUACGGCGCGCUCAGCAAGGAGGUGAUGCGCGCCGUCGACCACGGCCUGCCCCACGUGGCCCAGGCCCUGCCCGCUACACAGCUCAUCAACGCGUACGGCGCGCUCAGCAAGGAGGUGAUGCGCGCCGUCGACCACGGCCUGCCCCACGUGGCCCAGGCCCUGCCCGCUACACAGCUCAUCAACGCGUACGGCGCGCUCAGCAAGGAGGUGAUGCGCGCCGUCGACCACGGCCUGCCCCACGUGGCCCAGGCCCUGCCCGCUACACAGCUCAUCAACGCGUACGGCGCGCUCAGCAAGGAGGUGAUGCGCGCCGUCGACCACGGCCUGCCCCACGUGGCCCAGGCCCUGCCCGCUACACAGCUCAUCAACGCGUACGGCGCGCUCAGCAAGGAGGUGAUGCGCGCCGUCGACCACGGCCUGCCACACGUGGCCCAGGCCCUGCCCGCUACACAGCUCAUCAACGCGUACGGCGCGCUCAGCAAGGAGGUGAUGCGCGCCGUCGACCACGGCCUGCCACACGUGGCCCAGGCCCUGCCCGCUACACAGCUCAUCAACGCGUACGGCGCGCUCAGCAAGGAGGUGAUGCGCGCCGUCGACCACGGCCUGCCCCACGUGGCCCAGGCCCUGCCCGCUACACAGCUCAUCAACGCGUACGGCGCGCUCAGCAAGGAGGUGAUGCGCGCCGUCGACCACGGCCUGCCCCACGUGGCCCAGGCCCUGCCCGCUACACAGCUCAUCAACGCGUACGGCGCGCUCAGCAAGGAGGUGAUGCGCGCCGUCGACCACGGCCUGCCCCACGUGGCCCAGGCCCUGCCCGCUACACAGCUCAUCAACGCGUACGGCGCGCUCAGCAAGGAGGUGAUGCGCGCCGUCGACCACGGCCUGCCCCACGUGGCCCAGGCCCUGCCCGCUACACAGCUCAUCAACGCGUACGGCGCGCUCAGCAAGGAGGUGAUGCGCGCCGUCGACCACGGCCUGCCCCACGUGGCCCACGCCCUGCCGGCUACACAGGUCCUAGCCCUCCUGAAGCCUGUGAUCCGUACCCGCGGGUACCCGACCUCGCUCUGCGCGUUGAAGCUGGCGGCCGAGGUCGCCAAGGCGAGGAGCAAUGAGCUCACGGAUGAUAUAGUAGGACAACUCAUGGAUGGAGUCUCACAGUUGGCCGACCACCAGAACUCGGCCGUGCGUAAAGCGGCCAUCUUCUGCAUGGUGGCAUUCACGUUCGCGCUCGGCGAGGAGCGGAUGCAGCCGCAUCUGAAGCAUCUCUCCGUCAGCAAGUGUCGGCUACUACAGGUAUGUAGUACACGUCAGCUGCCGCUGCGUUGGCUGAGCCAUCUUCUGCAUGGUGGCGUUCACGUUCGCGCUCGGCGAGGAGCGCAUGCAGCCGCAUCUGAAGCAUCUCUCCGUCAGCAAGUGUCGGCUACUACAGGUAUGUAG